AUGGCUAGAUCGUGUUCAUAUGAUUGGGCUGGGAUUUGUAUAGGAGACUUGCAUAACAAAGGUUAUUUUAAUGAGGCCUGUUUUAAAGAACAUGGUAAAUCUGGACUUCAUUACAUUAUCCACGACGUUCUGAAGCAAACGAAGUUGACUACAGAAGUUUUUAAGACCAGAAAAUUCCAGGAAAACUUCCUACUGCAAACCAGAGAAGCUAACCGAGAUGUUUGUUUCGGAUAUUGCAUGGCUGCUUGCAUGGAAUUUCAUCGCUCUACCUUUUUUCCAACAAAUGCUGAUUUUGCACAGUCAAUGAGGACAAGCUGCAACCAUUCGGGUGUUUUGUUAUCAAGAUUCAAAGAGUGGGUGAAAAAGAGUUCAGAUGAAGAUGUCACUUUCAAGCAUCAUGCUAGUGCAUUCAAUUACUACGGUCCACUUAUGCAGCUAUAUGAUGAUUGUAUAAGAUAUAAUGAUGGAAAAGCUAGAGAAGUUGUAUUCAAGUUGGUUAUGCCCAACUUGGAUUUAAAAACUACUUUCAAGAAACUUUUCAACAUGUGGUGAAUGUUACUGCUAAAUGGCCUAAAGCAGCACGAUCUAUACUACAGGACAACUGUAGUGUUAAUCUGAGUGGCAAAAUGGGAAAGGGCAUCGAAAUGGAUGCUUACAUUGAAAGUGAAGUCAUACAACCAUUGAAAGCUUACUUUACUGGUCACACAACUGUGAAAAUGUGUCAACGAAUCACGGGAAACAUUGACCUGUUGAAGUCAUGUCUUUUCCAGACCAACCAAAGGUUGGUUGGUUUUGUAUGACAAAGGAGUUCUUUGCCAAUCAAAGAAGGAAAGAAGUCAGAACAAUGCCUCUAGGGAAAAAGGAAUCUUACAAGAUAAAAUCUCCAGCAAGGUCAUUUUCUCAUAUGAGAAAGGAGUGGAAAAAAUCAAGAAAGAUCUAAAAGUUAAGUUGUACGAAUGUUUUCCAGAUUUAAGGUACAAUAUCCUCGUUGAAGAAAGUGGCACAAGUGAGUGA